GCGGUUAAACUUCAUCGAAGAAGAAGGUAACCACAAAAGCUGGCUCUCUCUCCACCAGUCUACACUAAUGUUGACUGGCUACAAGAAUGCUUUCCAGAGAAUUCUGUCAUUGACCUGCAGAAGGAGCUACCACGAAAGCAUCUCUCAAACACUCGCUUGUUCCCCUUUCUCUUCUCACUCCAAAUUGUCUGCCCUUCGCUCAUCCUUUUUUUAUGACCCCUCUCAUUGUACUAUUAGGUCUCGUCAGCUUUCUACCCAUCUCCAUCUCUGUCAUUGCUACUCUUUUUCGUGCUCCCUUUCCCACUCAUCUCGUCCAACAGGUCCAAUGGAUUUAAAGGAGGUUCUCAAGGUUCUGGAGCAGCUUGCCCCUCUAUCACUGGCAGAGUCCUGGGAUAACGUUGGCAUAUUAGUUGAGCCCAUUAAAUGUCGGCCUAUCAAAACCAUCCUGUUAACCAAUGACCUGACCGACUCUGUCAUGUCGGAAGCAGAGGCCAUGAACUGCGAUCUCAUCAUUUCUUACCACCCCCACAGGCCGAAUCUAUUCCGCAGGUGUUUUUCUGAGCAAAUAAUUAAUAAAUUCAUAUUUGGACAUAAGGCUGUAAAAACACCAGGAAAUCAACUCGAAGUGAUUUUAAUUUUGGAAAUCUGUUCCCAGUAUUCCCACACAUAAUAGAGAUGUGAUCGUAUACUAAAUGUAAGCAAGGUUUGAAAUGAUUGUUUAAGUCAAAUAUGUUUGGGCUCCUUCCUGUCUAUUUGCAAUUAUGUUCCAACCAUCCUCUCAAGGAAAAAAAUAGGACUGUUUGUAUCUAGUUGAUGAUCUGUGUUAAAGGAUUUAAUAAAUAAUGCAUACAACUG